CGUGACGCGCGGGGCGGCAGCACGGCGAGUUUGAAAUUUGUGCGGGCGGAGCGGAGCGGGCGGUAUGGCCGAGCUGGGGCUGCCGGGCGGGGAGCAGGGCCCGCCGCGGGCCGGGAGCGCCGCUGGGCUGCAGGAGCGCGCCGAGGAGACGAAGCCAGCUCCCACCCAGGAAGAUGACGACACCUGCAGCGAUUAUGGAAGCCGUGACAGGCCGGGCACUGCCCUGGGAAGGACGGUACCGGAUGGGAAUGUGCUUUUUCCAGACAUUUUUCGCACGGAUCAUCUUUUGUUUUAUGAGCGAUUUAAAGCUUACCAGGAUUACAUUUUGGCUGACUGCAAAGCUUCUGAGGUGAAAGAAUUCACAGCUGAGUACCUGGAGAAGGUCCUUGAACCGUCGGGAUGGCAGGCUGUUUGGCGCACUAAUGUGUUUGAGGUCCUCGUUGAGGUUGUUGAUGUGGAGUGCUCAGCUCUGAAGGCAGUUGUGCAGCUCUGUGAGCCUUUCCUGUGUGAGUCGCAGGUUAGCACCUUUACAUUGGAAUGCAUGCAAGAACUCUUGGAGCUGAAGGAGCGUCGGAUACCACUGCAGGAGCUGUGGGUUGUGUAUGAUGAGUCAGGAGAGUUUGAUCAGACAGCACUUGCUGUGGAGCAUGUCAGGUUCUUCUAUGAGUGCAUCUGGAGGAGCUGGGAUGAGGAGGAGGAGGAUGACUUUGAUUAUUUUGUGCGAUGUGUUGAGCCUCGACUGAGACUGCAUUAUGACAUCCUCGAGCACCGCGUGCCUUCUGGGCUUGUUGCUGAUUACCACAACUACUUGUCUCAAUGUGAAGAGCUCUACAGGAAGUUUUUAAAUGUGAGGAACAACAUAGCAAGCAGUGAUUCAGACUCUGAAGUGGAAAAUGUCUCCAUGGUGGAGGGACUAAAGUUGUAUGAGAAAAUAGAGCACUUGAAACAAAAACUAAAACUAAUUGAGAAUCCUUUGCUGAGGUAUGUGUUUGGUUACCAGAAAUACAGUGGUCUCCAAGCUAAAGGGCAGAGACCAACAGGUAUCAAGAUCACUCACGUUGUAUCAUCAACUGUGAUGGCGAGUCUCUUGCAGUCUUUGAUAAGGGACAAACUUUGCCCUGAGUCUUGUGGUGAAGAACUAGAAAUACAGUUCCACAAUGAUCCGCUGGCAGCUGUAAAUGCUUGUUAUGAAGGAGACACAGUCAUCAUCUGUCCUGGUCAUUAUGUUGUAGAUGGCAUGUUCUGCAUUGCUGAUUCUAUUGAAAUGGAAGGCUAUGGCCUGCCAGAUGACAUUGUGAUAGAAAAGCAAGGGAAAGGAGACAACUUUGUUGACUGUACAGGAGCCAAUAUAAAGAUCUCCAAUUUGAAGUUAGUGCAACAUGAUGCUGUGGAGGGGAUUUUAAAUGUUCAUCAAGGGAAAACUACUUUAGAGAAUUGUGUGUUACAAUGUGAAACUACAGGCAUAACUGUACGAACUUCAGCUGAACUAUUAAUGAAGAACUCAGAUCUCUAUGGUGCCAAGGGUGCUGGUGUGGAAAUAUACCCAGGUAGUACGUGCACCCUGUUGGACAAUGGCAUACACCACUGCAAGGAGGGAAUACUCAUAAAGAACUUUUUAGAUGAACAUUAUGACAUCCCCAAAAUAAGCAUGGCCAAUAAUGUGAUCCAUAAUAAUGAAGGAUAUGGUGUGGUCCUGGUAAAACCAACAGUUGCCUCUGAUGUAAAGGAUGCUUCAGCAGAAGGAACAACAGGGAAUGCACGGUCUACCCAGUCAAGUGAUGAGAGAGUACAUGUAGAGGGCUUCAGACAAGAAGAACUACCUGAGUGUGUAGCUGAUGAAUUGGAGCUUUAUAAGCAAACUGACAUUUCUGAAGGCAAUUAUGAAAUUGUAAGUGAACUUGGUGCUACUUCUGCAAAGAAGAAUCAGCUGCACAAGAAAAGGCUGAGUGAACUGGGAAUCACAGAAGCUGAUGACAACUUAAUGUCACAGGAGAUGUUUGUUUCUAUUGUGGGCAAUCAGUUCAAGUGGAAUGGGAAAGGGAGUUUUGGUACUUUUCUCUUCUGACUGUCCUGACUCCUAGUGGCAUUGUAAUAAGAUUUGCACGAGCUGUUCUUCUCACUGCUGCUUUCUGAGGUGGCAACUUCCAUCAACUUUCCAUAACAUUAUUAAAAUAUUUAUUAAUUAUAUAUAUAUAUAUAUAUACACACAUACACAGCAUGUGAAAAAUUCCUUCGUACAAGCAUGAGCAAUGCUGGUAGAAAACAGAACUCUGCUAAUCUAUGGACUUGCUCUUUGCUAGCUGUCUGAUUUUUUUGUAUGUUUAUUUAACUUCUUUGGUGGCUCUUUUUUAAUAAACAAAAAAAAUCUUUUUACAAAGAAAAGGUUCACCAUGGAAGAAUGGACAGCAACUGCACAGCAAUUAGUGGUACCCUUUCCUCCAUAGUUCUUUUUAAAGUGCCAUUAGCCUCUACAUCCAUCCUGUAAGAGAAUGAUAUGCUUCUUUUUGUGUGUCAUGCAACUGACCAGUUCACUGGCUUCUGUUUGAAAUAUAGUAGUUGGCUGCCAUGCUUUGUGCUUGAAGACAUUUCAGUGGCUCACUGUUCAUUAUAAAUUAAGUGGAGAUGAAACUUGGCUGGACUGCCUGCCCCAGGAUUCUGCCUUCUCAGUGCUUCUCAUGCCUUUUAAAUAUAAAUCCAAAUACUUUAUUGAAACUUACGCUGCCUUCAGGAGUUGUAUUUCCGUACGCCAGUUCAAAACCUAUUCUACAUUUAAGAAAAUACUAACUCCCAAGUGAUUCAAGAUGGUGCUAUGAAGCGCAAUAUGGUGUUGAGAAGAAGGAAGGUGCCAGCAUAUGAAUUUCAGAAUGACUUCUGCAAGUGUCAUAGCAGCUAAAUACCUUCACUGGAAAUGUGGUGUGUUGCUUGAGGUGGAAGUGAGUGCUCUACUCCAUGUUUUUCGCUCUACCCACUUCUGAAACUGCGGUGGGAAUCAAAAUUCUCUUGAGUCUGUGACUUGUAAUGUGAGCAACUGAUAGAAAGGAAAAGAGAAAGGUGUAACUUUAAAGCAUUUUUUUCCUGCUUUUUUUUUUAACAUGAACCACAGCAUUAAUUGCAGCUUUCCUAUUCCCUUGCUGUUUUUGUUCUGCUCAGCGCACUUGACUUCAGAACUACACUUCUGAGUUUUAAUGAGCCUGAAUGCUGUUACAACAUCUUAACAUGCACAAGACAAUAAAUGUUUGCAGUUUACUCGA